AGUGGUUUUAGACAAAAUCACGGUAGAUUUACUUUUUUACCGAUAUUCCCCCACGCCGCUUCCAAAAAUUAACGGAGAAGUCCACGGAAUCCUCACGUUGUACGUCAACGUUCUCGUUGUGCGAACGAAAAAUGGAAACCGUCAGUUGUCGGUCGCAAAUAACUUAUUACGCUGUCGGUUGCUCCCUCAGCCGGUAACACUACUCGACACGUGUCCUCUCCCUUCCCUUCAUAAAAUUUCAGCCCCUCAUUUACGCCUCCUUCACACAACUCCUCACCCUCUUCCCUGUCUAAACCUAAAUCUCCUCUGCCGGUGACGGUCCACGGCGGCGCUCACAGUCGCCAUCCUUCUUCCGGAGGCCGCCAUUGAAAGUCUGAUUUAUUUUAUUCUAAUGCUUCCUCUUUCCGGCAACUCCUCGCCGGAGCAUCAUCCGAGGAAAUUGAAAUCCUACGAGUUGUUCGGUAGAAAGAACUCGUUCAACUCGUUGUUACAGCAAUUUCAUCAUCAACAAUCUUGUCUAUGGCUUCUCCUCACAAUCCUUUGCCUCCAGAUCCUCCUCCUCUUCAUUAUUCGCUUCCUUUCUCUUCCUCUUCCUCUUCCUCUCCCGCCGGCAAUCUCCUCUGCCGCCAACCGCCUUCAUCGCUUCCCCUCCGCUGCCGUCUCUCCCGCCUCUACCGACGGCGAUCACUGCAAAAAUGGCCGGAUCUUCGUCUACGACCUGCCGACGGAAUUUAACCAAGACAUUGUCCAAAACUGCGACAGUCUGAACCCGUGGAGUUCAAGUUGUAGCGCGAUGGUGAACGGCGGGUUCGGGCAGAGAGCUGAUUCUCUCGCCGGAGUGAUACCGGAGAAUCUCUUGGCGUCGUGGUAUUGGACGGACCAAUUCGUAACGGAAAUCAUUUUCCAUAAUCGGAUAAUGAAGCAUAAAUGCCGUGUCAAGGAGCCGGAAUCUGCUACGGCGUUUUAUGUACCGUUUUACGCUGGACUCGCAGUGGGGAAAUUCCUAUGGACGGCUUCGAGCGCGGAGGCUCGGGAUCAUCACUGCCGUAUGAUUCUAAGGUGGCUUUCCGAUCAGGAGUACUAUAAGAAAUCAAACGGCUGGGAUCAUUUCAUUACAAUGGGCCGCAUCACAUGGGAUUUCCGCCGCAGCAGUGAUGAGGAUUGGGGGUCGAGGUGUAUUUAUUUACCGGGAAUGAGAAAUAUUACUCGCCUUCUGAUAGAGCGAAAUCCGUGGGACUAUUUUGACGUCGGUGUACCUUACCCCACAGGAUUCCACCCCAGUAGCCAGGACGACAUGUCGGCCUGGCAGGACUUCGUCCGCACGCGCAGUCGUACGCACCUCUUCUGCUUCGCUGGCGCCAAACGCGCCGCCUUCCGUAAUGACUUUCGGGGGAUCCUGCUGGAUCAGUGCCGGAAUUCCACGGCGGAGAAAUGCCGCGUUGUCGACUGUGCCGGUAGCCGCUGCUCCAAUGGCACGUCGGCGAUACUCGAAUCGUUUCUCAAUUCGGAUUUCUGCUUGCAGCCAAGAGGCGACAGCUUCACGCGGCGGUCGAUCUUCGACUGUAUGGUGGCCGGAGCGAUUCCAGUGUUCUUCUGGCGGCGGACAGCGUAUUACCAGUACGAGUGGUUCUUACCAGGCAAACCGGAGAGUUACUCGGUUUUCAUAGACCGGAACGCCGUGAAGAACGGGACCACCUCCAUUGAAGCGGUUCUGGAGAAAUUUAGCAGAGAGGAAGUGAGAGAGAUGAGAGAGAGAGUAAUCGAGUCGAUACCGAAGUUCGUUUACGGCACCGGCGCUGUCAGAGAUGCCUUCGACGUGGCCGUCGAUAGGGUUUUGAGGAGGUUUAAAGAGCAAGAAGAGUGGGGGUACAAGUGGAAAUAAGGAAGAGUUGAAGGGUACAAAUGCAAA